UCAGCAAGCAAAUUUAACAUUGCCAGUUGUACGAUUGUCACGUUGUAAUAGGAUUGCAUGUAAUUACUCACUUACGUACGAGUAGUUGAGUACGCGUGACUUUUUAUUAAAAAAUAGUGGUGCUAAUAAGUUAUAGAUUAGAAAUUUGCUUGGUUGGAUUGGUAUAUAUACUUGAAUCUCUUGCUUUUGACACAAAGACGUUAUGGCUAAUUUUGUGAAAGAAGGCAACAAAGUCAUUGUGCUGUUAGCACCUGGUGAAAACGAAACUGCUUCUAAGAGUUUGAUUGGUGAAGUUGAAAAAAGUGCUGGAAACAGUGGCCAAGUAUUGCUUGUAAGCUCAAGUGAAUUGCAUGAUCGUAAAUUUGAUUCAUCUUCAAUGGAUAUUAUAUUAUCAGGAUAUACAAGCUCUUAUGUUCACAGUGAAGACUUGUUAAAAGAAUCAUUUAGGAUUUUAAAACCAGAAGGAAUCUUAGCAAUGCGUGAAUUGUCUGACAGCAAAGGAGAUUUCAAUAAUCAAAUUCUUAAAGUCAUGCUGCAAGGAUUUUUGCUGCAAGAAAAAGAGCCAAAAGCUGUUGAACCACAAUCCUAUGAAAUCAUUGCAGAAAAACCAGAUUACGAGAUUGGAUCAAGUGUCAAGAUUUCUUUUAAAAAGCCUGCAACGAAUGUUUGGAAAUUAGAUGCUGAUGAAGAGGAAGAUUUAAUAGAUGAAGAUAAUCUUUUGGAUGAAAGUGAUAUUUUAAAACCCCAAGCUGCCUCCUUAAAAGUUUGCAGCACAACAGGCAAACGUAAAGCUUGUAAAGACUGUUCAUGUGGUUUAGCUGAAGAAUUGAAAGGAGAAGCAGCAGUAAAAGAGCAACCAAAGUCAUCCUGUGGCAGUUGCUACCUUGGUGAUGCUUUUCGAUGUGCUAGCUGUCCUUACCUUGGAAUGCCAGCUUUCAAACCAGGAGAAAAAAUUGUCCUUCCUGAUGCUCAACUGUCUGCAGACACGUGAAUAUUCCAGUUUUGCAAAAGUGGGUUACGACAUUAUUUAGUUGAUGUAUAAUUUUUUUAAAAUUAAAAUGUCAGUGUUAAAAUUUUGUGGAAAAUAAGGAUAAAUCAAAACCAUUUGCAUUUAGAAGAUAAAAGCCAUUUUUAUUUAUUAUUUACUUUUUCUUUUAUUAUAUUUACAAUUGUACCUCUACAUUAUUUUCGUUAUGUAAACAGUAAUUCAAUACUACAAAAUGUUUAAUCUACACAGUGAAUUGAAAAAAAAAUUUCAAGUAAAAAUUAUUAUUGAUUGCUGUUUACAUAACAAAUCUCUUAGCAUAGAAACACAUCCCUUUCACCAUAAAACCACUAUCACAACUCUGUGGAUGAGUGUGUGGGAGAGGGCUAUGUUUCAACGCAUCCUUAACUUAUAUUUGAUUUCUAGUUGGUAGGAACCACUAGAAAAAUUUCAUUUAAAACAAUCAUCAUGUAGUUAUUGAAAGAUUAUAGCAGACUUUUUCAAUCUCAAACAUUUUUUUUUUUAAACAUGGUAAUUUGUAAAAUGGCAAAUUUUGUUUUUGUACAGAAUAAAAUGGUUGAAUAAAAAAAAAAAAAUAGCUGCUUUGCUAUAGUUUUGGUCAAUGCUCCUGCAAAUGUGUAGCUGUAUUGGCAUAGAUAACAGUGACAUAAAUUGGAAAUGAAAGAUUCCAUCUGCCCAAAAAACGCAUAUCUCCCGAAUAACGAUUUAUGCUAGCUAUAAACACAUGAAGUCAGUUGUUACAUGAUCUUAUGACUAAAUAAAUUAUAUUUUUACUAGUAUUAACAGCACCUACU